AUGCCUCCCCGAUUAGCAGCGCUUACGGCGUAUUGCCGAACAGCGCCCGCCGCGGCUUUACCCUCAAUAGCCCUGCUGUCACCUUUCAUGCAGGGUCGCUUUUCCUCGAUUCUUGCAACGUUGUCCGAUAAUGCUGGGGCAUACAACAAGCGUAUUCGCCGUGGUCGAGGUCCCUCAUCAGGGAAAGGAAAAACAUCAGGGCGUGGUCAUAAGGGCCAAAAGCAGCAUGGCUCGGUGCCGGCCCGGUUCCAAGGUGGCCAAACGCCGCAGGACAUAGUCCAUGGAGUGCGAGGUUUUGAAAACCUUUUUUCCGCCGAAAUGUCUCCAGUCAAUUUAAAUCGGAUACAGUCUUGGAUAGAUCAAGGCCGCCUAGACCCAACGCGCCCUAUUACCGUCAAGGAGCUGGUCGAGUCGCGUUGCAUUCACGGGGUGAAGAAGGAUGGAGUCAAGCUUUUAGCAAGAGGAAAGGAGGAAUUGAAGACGCCUAUUAACAUCCUGGUGUCGCGGGCAUCUGCAGCAGCUAUCGAAACAAUUGAGGCCGCUGGAGGCAACGUCACUACUAGAUACUACACGCAACAAUCGAUAAAGAGGCUUUUGAAGGGCGAGUCGGAAUCAAGCUUCACCCCACUUGCUCUGGCGCCAAAUACUGCGGAGGUCUCUCCAACGUCUAAUACCACAGCAUCAUCUGCGUCACCAUUUUUAUACCGUUUACCCGAUCCCACGAGCCGUAAGGAUAUAGAAUAUUAUCGAGACCCAGCACACAGAGGUUAUUUGAGUCAUAUGGUUGGGGAAGGUCAAGGGCCUAGUUUGUUUUUCAAAACACCAAGAGUUGGAGGCCGGCGGAAGUCGAAAAAGCCUGGCACUGCAGCAGCUGCAAAAGAAAACCGUCUAUGGUAG